AUGUCGAUCAGCUUGACUCAGGGGAUGCGGACGGUUCAAAUUGACUUCCCGCCGUCCUCGGCAAUAUUUGACUCCAGGCCCUUCCCCGCAGUCGUUGCCGAUCGGGGCCCGCCCCUUUCGAGAUCUGCUCUGAGGAAGAUUUUCGUAGACGCAAAGUCGGGCGAACUGCUUUCGGUUCACAACCCUCACGAUGACUCUCUCGUGUCGGACAAGAUUCAUGCAGCAGGGCCAGAGGAUGUCGAUGCGGCCGUAAAAGCUGCACACAAGGCGUUCAAAGGUGACUGGGGUCGAAAGGAUCCCACUGACCGUGCCAAGGCCAUGCUCAAGUUUGCGGACCUUAUCCGCGAGAAAGCAGGCGAGAUUGCCGCACUCGAGACCAAGGCAAUGGGAUCCGCCGUGGCUACACAGACAAUGGGCUAUAACGUCGGCGCAGAUCUCUUCACCUACUACGCCGGCUUAGCUGACAAGAUUCAUGGCGAGGCUGCUUACCCGUCAUCUGCAGGCAAGUACAAGAUCAUUCAACGCGAGCCGAUAGGCGUCUGUGCUGGUAUUGGAGCUUGGAAUGUCUCUGCUGUCCUGUUCGCCUGGAAGGCUGCUCCCGCGCUUGCGGCCGGUAACACUGUUAUCUACAAGCCUUCAGAGAAAGCACCUCUUGGCACUCUUGCCCUCGGGCCUCUGAUCCAACAAUGCUUCCCACCUGGUGUCAUCAACAUCGUCAAUGGUGCAGGUAAGACUGGUCAGCUGCUGGCUGCGCAUAUGGAGAUCCGGCAGAUUGCAUUUACCGGCAGUACAGCUACUGGCCGAAAGAUCCAGGAGGCUGCAGCCAAGAGCAAUUUGAAGCGCGUGUCGCUAGAAUUGGGCGGGAAGUCACCGUCUUUGAUCUUCGACGAUGCGGAUCUGGAGCUUGCCGUAUCCAAGUCGAUGGAGGGGAUCGUUGCCAACACUGGACAAAUCUGCGCCAUGGCUAGCAGAAUUUUCGUUCAAGAAUCUAUCGCCGACAACUUCAUCGAACUGUUGAAGGGCACAUUUGAGACUGCCAGCAAGGGCAAUAUGAUCGGUGACCCGUCCCUUGCAGAUACACAGGUUGGACCACUGGCAGACAAAGCCCAAUUCAAAAGAGUGAUGGAAUAUCUGGAGAUUGGUAAGAAGGAUGGACAACUUGUCACUGGAGGUAUCCAGCGAGGAACCAACGGCCUGUUCGUCGAACCCACGAUUUUCAAGAAUACGCCAAACGGCUCGAGAAUUGUUCAAGAGGAAGUCUUCGGACCUGUGGUGACAGUUCAGACCUUCAAAACGGAGGAAGAGGCUGUUCAGAUGGCCAACGACACCGUCUUUGGCUUAUCAGCCUGCAUUUACACCAAGUCUAUCAGCCGCGCCCUCCGUGUUACAAGAGAUAUGGAAGCUGGGACUAUCGCAGUCAACGACUGGUACUUCCCAGCGCCUGAUACACCUUUUGGUGGAGUCAAACAAUCAGGCUAUGGCCGGGAGGGUGGCCUAGAGGGGCUGAACGAGUACCUUCAGACCAAGACUAUUCAGAUCAAGUGA